AUGCUAAGCUCGGGGUCAGCGCGGAGGCAGAAGCAGCGCAAGGUGCUGCUGAUGGGCAAGUCGGGCGCAGGCAAGUCGUCGAUGCGCUCGAUUGUCUUCAGCAACUACGUGGCCAAGGAUGUUCGGCGACUGGGAGCUACCAUCGAUGUCGAGCACAGUAACAUUCGGUUCAUGGGCAACCUCAUGCUCAACCUGUGGGAUUGCGGAGGACAGGACGGUUUCACAGAGUCGUAUCUCACCAACCAGCGGUCAAGCGUCUUCGCAUCCGUCGCCGUGCUCAUCUUCGUCUUCGAUGUCGAGUCCCGCGAGUUCAAUGCCGACCUCAUCAACUAUGCCUCGAUCGUCCAAGCCCUCCGCGAGAACUCUCCCCAAGCCAAGAUCUUUGUGCUCAUCCACAAGAUGGACUUGAUCAUGUCCAACAUGCGCGACCACGUCUUCGCAGAACGCAGCGACGCAAUUCGUCAGAUCAGCAUCGAGCACGGCUUUGGCGGAGACCAACAGGAUGCUGGCAAGGACGUCGACUUUUGGGGCACAAGUAUCUGGGACCAGAGCUUGUACAAGGCCUGGACUCAAGUCAUCUACUACUUGGUGCCCAAUGCUGGCGCAAUCGAAGACCUACUGCGCCAACUUGCCGACGUCAUUGAUGCCCACGAACUCAUCCUCUACGAACGCACCACUUGUCUCAUGGUCACCCACGUCUCACGCCCCUACGAACGAGAAGGCAACCCGCACCCCGAUCGCUUCGAGCGUCUAUCCUCCAUCCUCAAAUCUCACAAGCACUCUGUUGCAAAACACACUGGCAUGCCCGCUGGAUCAGCCAACUUUGCCGAGCUUCAAAUCAAGACUGGCGAGUUCAUGUUCUUGAUCACUCGCCUUAGUGAGAACACAAACUUGGCUGUCGUAAUGGGUAGUGGCGAGGCCAUGUACAACGCUGCCAGAAUAAACAUUGCAAACGCACGCGACAAGUUCGCCGAGCUCGACAUUGCGAGCAAGAGCCGCGAGAAGCAGGAAGUCCAGAGCGGCCGAUGA